AUGUCCGAAGUCAACACACACAACGGCGGCGAUACCAACCGCCGCAGCUCCAUCACCCAGGCUGCCCUGUCCAACCUCUUCCAACUGAGCGGCUCCAACAACAACGGUCCUGCCGACCCACAACGCCGACGCCUCUCCAUCACCACCCUAGGCCUCUCAGGUGGCGCCAAUGGGACAGGCGCCAACUUUGUCGCCCGACGCGGCAGCCUAUCGGCCAACUCCAACAACUCGGACUCUCUGGACGAGAGCGCCAUCGAAGAUGACGAGGCCGCCGGCCCCCGGGCCCCUCCAACCACGCCUUUUACCCGCCGCAUGAGCUACAGUGGUUCUAUGCGAGGGGGCACCUACAGACCGGGUCAGGCCGGCAGUCCCGGUAAUGGUAAUACCAGCCCAUACUCCCCUCCUCCUCCCGCCGGCAGCAACGGCAUCGGUCGCAGAUCCAGCCAGCAGGGAGCAAGCAUCUCUGCCUAUCUCGCCAAUCGCCGUGAGAGCGUCGGCACCGGCAACGCCACUGCUCCACACUCUUCGCAGGCAAGCAAUAUCAAGCAUGCAAAGCACCCUUCUGACAAUGCCUCCUCGCGACCAGACCAGCAAGGCUUCAACUGGUCCGAGCAGCUUAGGUCUCGAGCCGAGAGCGCCGUGUCUUCCGGCCCACGGCCAUCUUUCUCCAUGGCGAGCUCCCCCUCUCGCGCCUCAUUUUCCGCCGUCCACGAUCGCGCCAAGUCGGUCUCGGACAUGCCACCGGCCCCCGUCCAGGCUCAGGCACCCCAGACAGCCCAGCAGAAGCACAAGAAGCCCGAUGCUUUUCAGGAGCGUAUUCUUAAGGGCGACUUUUACAUGGACUAA